CAGUCAUACUAGUAUAUAUUCACGCUAUGGAACAAAGUUGCCAAACUUUGUAAUUCGAAAAGGUUUGCCAAACUUUGUAAUUCAAAAGACAGUUGACAGGCUCAAAAACCCAUGAUGAGAAAUAACACAAGGCGCCUUAUUUGCUUUUACCUAAACACCUGUCUUUUGCUCCACGGAGCAUGCGCGAAACAAUGCGGGCCAGGGAUGCAGACAGAAUAUGGAACUUACCUGAAAGGUCACGUGAUGGAAGAGCGGCCAGGGAUUGGUGUAGACAGUUGCACUUCCGGUUGCCUUGACCAUGCCGACUGCAGAAGCAUCAACUUUGACCGGGCGACCCACAUGUGUGAGCUGAACAAUGCAAGCAAGGAGGACUUCCCGGAGCACGUGACCCGGAAUCACAGGUCCCUUUACGCCACUAACGACUUCCAUGAAGAGCCGAUCUUCGAAGAAUCUUGCGCUUAUUGGCUGAAACGUUAUCCAGACCUGAAGACUAGGUAUUACUGGAUCAAGACAAAAAACAAACGCAAGAAGAUGAAAGUAUACUGUGACAUGGAAAGAUUUGGCGGCGGGUGGACGCUGGUUGUGACUAUCAACGCCAAGAACAACGAACAUCUUCAGAAAGCUGAGAACAACUGCGCAGACUCCGUCACCUGCGUGACCUUCACCGAGACUGACAUCCCGGGCAGGAAGCUCUCUGAUGAAGACAUCCACGAGAUCGCAGGGAACGAAGGUGUUUUCCAAGUAAAAGUACCCUUCAACUCAUUGUCUAUUCGUGCUGUUUACAAGAAUGCCACUGUCUUCUACAAGAUUCCUAGUGGAGCUCAAAACUUCGACUCUUCAUGCUUGGGAAAGGAUGAUAACUGUCCUCGCAUCAUAGUUUCGUUCGCCUACCGUACAAGUGGGAGUCCAAUCCAUGCAAUGAUAUUACUGUUGGCUACAAGAUACAUCCUGGAAAACAUAGCGGUUUCGAUACUCAUGAUGACGCAGAAUGCGGCCAAACGUGGUCCGCAAGCCGAAGCUCAGACAGCCGUAUUCUUUAUGGCCUCAAUAACAACGUGGAUACAGGUCUACAUCCUGGAGCACGCCAAGGCUAUCUUUGGGUGAAGUGACUAGCAAUUCAAAUAUGCCGUCUACCUAAUCCGUCUUCCUAAUCCGCAUGGCUACAACACCUUCAAUGGCAUUUUCAAUAUUAGAUUCUCACUUCAUUUCCGUGACUUCUCUUGGAUCACAAGAGUCUAGCUCACAUAUUCUAGGGACGAACAGGGCGCGGAGUGUGGGCUCCCGAGCCUUUUAAAUCGCAUUCGAUCCACGCUCUCACGCGCCCAUGAGAUUAUAAGGAGAGGACCUUAGUAGUUUCGAGCAGACGUACAAAUGUAAUAUUAACUAAGGCACUAGCGUUAACAUUUGCACGAAAAAGAUGCAUGCAUGCUUAAAUAAACAUGUCUAAUAUGUCAAUAAAAAAGAAAAGAAAUUGAAA